AUGGCGACCACAGCCGCAGACCCCGUCACCGAGACGCCCAAAGAUCUCGAAAACAUCAACCAGACCGAGGUCCAGGCCCCCGUCCCUUCCGAAACCGCCAAUGGCGACGGCGACGCAGCGCCCUGCAGUGCGGUAGAACCGCAGGACGAAGCUCAAGCAGCCGCCACCGACUCGACGCAACCCCAAGAAGGCGGCGAGCCCCAGCUCUCCAAGAACCAGCUGCGCAAACUCAAGCGCAAGGCCGCCUUCGAAGAGGGCCGCGAAGACCGCAAGCGCAAGCGCAAAGAGAAGCGCCACGACCGCCAGGCCGCCCGCCGCGAACAAAUCGCCGCCAUCGUCGCCGACGCCGAGGCAAAGGGCCUCGAGCCCUCCCAGAUCGUCAUUCCCCCCAAGCGCAAGACCCCGAGGGUCGCGCCGACCCAGACCCCCGUCACACUCAUCCUCGACUGCGACUUUGAGAAGUACAUGCUCGAGAAGGAACUUGUCUCCCUCGCGAGCCAGGUCACGCGGUGCUACUCGGACAACCGCCAGGCCAAGUACCGCGUACACCUGUACGUGAGCUCGUACGGCGGGAAGCUGAAGGAGCGGUUCGACACGACGUUGGGGGGCCAGCAUAAUGGGUGGAAGGGGGUCAAGCUUCUGGAAGGGAACUUCGUGGAGGCGGCGAAGGACGCGGACGAGUUGAUGAAGUCGCCGAAGGGCGGGGAGGUAAUCGAUGUAUUGAAGGGGGAGAGCGAAGAGGGCGUCAAGAGAACGCCCGCCGUAGUGACGGACCUGGUCGAGGGCGGACCUACACCCGACGCCGAGCCCGAACCCGUCGACGAGUUGAAGAACAUCGUCUACCUCUCCGCCGACUCCCCGAAUACCAUCGAGCGUCUCGAGCCCGGCAUGAACUACGUUAUCGGCGGACUCGUCGACCGGAACCGAGAGAAGGGUCUCUGCCACAAGCGCGCGCGCGAUUUGGGGAUCAAGACGGCCAAGUUGCCGAUUGGGGAGUACAUGAACAUCUCCAGCCGGCGGGUGCUCGCGACGAACCACGUCGUGGAGAUCAUGCUGAAGUGGCUCGAGACCGGGGACUGGGCCGAGGCUUUCCUGAGUGUUAUCCCCAAGCGCAAGGAGGCGCAUCUUAAGGGCGAGGGGGGUAGCGCAAGCGGCACGCCAGCGGCUGAGGGUGAGGGCGAUAUCGAAGACAGCAGGUUCGAGUCGGAGCAUGACGAAGAUGUGGACGAGAAGCAGACGAUCACUGAGAAUGUCGUGACGCCGGAGGAGACCCCGGAGGAGGGCGCCAAGGAGGCUGCUGGUGCAUCAUAG